AAACAAAAACGUCACUUGACACUGUCAUAUCCGAUCCUAAAUCGUAUCUUUAACAAAUUUUUGACGUAAGUAGGUAUCUUAAAAUUCAAAUCAGGCCGUACAACUAAGAGUAGUCCACAAGUUCAAUAAUUGAGUCGCUUAACUUCAAACUCGGGUAAAUCCAUCUGUCAGAUUAUGCGAUUUUGGUAUUAAGAAAACGUAAUAGGGUAGAUAUUUGCUGAGAGGGUCCAAUGGAUUUACCCGAGUUUGAAGUUAAGCGACACAAUUAAGUAUAUUGACGUAAGUAAGUGCUUUUAAAUCUCUUUAUUUUCAGAUUAGCUGAGGAUUUGGAUGAAAUAUUUGGUGCUAUUAUGUUUAAUGUGUUAAUCUUCUCGUCUUUAAUUAUUUGUUUCUUUGGAUUUCUUGGUAUAGUGAUUGAGGUGAAGUUCCAGCAGUGCAUGUAUUUGACGGCUGCGAUAGUGGUCCUGUUCUCCGUCUUUUAUAUUAUGCUGCCGGGGCAGAUUCUAUCAGAUACAAGCAGUGGAGUCGCCAGCGCCGCCUAUCAAACUCUAUGGUACAACAGCGAUCAAAGAUUCAGGAAAAUUAUAGUUAUCAUCAUUUCAAGGUCACAAAAGCCAUGCAAAUUGCGAGCAAUGGGAUACGCCGAUAUAAACUUAGAAACAUUUUAUAAGAUCUGCGGCACAACCUGGUCUUAUCUGUCAGUAGUAAAUCAAAUGUACCAAAACUCACUUUAAAAACUGAAUUCUACGUCUUUGACUAAUGACCAAAAUUUUAUAUUUAUUAAAUUUAGUAGGUAUUUAUUUGAAUAGCAAAGCAAUAGAAUUUAGUAGUAAUAGCAGCACGACUUACUUACAAUAAAAUAGUAUAAUCACAAGGGUAAAUUACUCCUUUUUUUUGAAGUUUGAAGCAUUCUACGUUUUUAGGAUUCAGAAUGAGAUUAGCUAGAUCUCAUUCUAAAUCCUAAAAACGUUUGAAGUAAAUGAUCUCUAUUG